CUAAAAUCAAAAUUGAUCGAUAAAUUCUAAUUUUACGAAUAAUUAAAAUCCAAAAUGGAAGAGAGUAAAGCUCUAUCCAGCGAGGAAGGCAAAACUUUCUACUUCGCUAGUGAAUCUGUAGGUGAAGGGCACCCUGAUAAACUCUGAGACCAGAUCUCAGACGCCCUAGUUGAUGCUUGUAUCGAAGUUGACCCCGACUCCAUCCUAGGCAUGGAAGCUGUCAUGAAGGGAGACUUGGUCGUCCUCCUCGGUGAGAUCAGUAUGAAGGAUAGAGAGAAGGUAGAUGCCCCUCAAAUCGCCAGAGAUGUCAUCAAAGAAGUCGGCUAUGACUGCCAAGAAACUGGUCUUGACUAUCAAACUUGCAGAAUUGUUACCAAAAUUCCAAUGCAAUCUAAAGAAAUCACGGAUGCUAUUCGUGAUAGGAAAGCUAAGAAGGAAGACCUUGGAGCUGGUGAUCAAGGAAUGAUGUUUGGAUAUGCUACUGACGAGUCUGGAGAUGAUAGCUUCCACCCUCUUUCACACCUCUUUGCAAAUAGGAUUACACACAAAUUGUGUGAGCUUCGUAAAUCAGGAGACAUCGAAUGGUUGAUGCCUGACUGCAAAUCACAGGUCUGUAUGAAAUACAAAACUGAGGGGACUACAGUUGAGCCUGUCAGUGUACAUUACGUCAUUGUUUCUACUCAGCAUAAACUUGGGAUUGACUCAAAAGAAAUUGAAGCAACAGUUAUCGAAAAGGUAAUCAAGCCAAUCAUUGAAGACAAAUACCUAACUGAAGAAACCAAGUUCAUUAUCAACCCAAGUGGGUCUUUUGUGGUUGGAGGACCUCAAGCUGUAUCAGGACUCACAGGGAGAAAAAUCAUCUCUGACACUUAUGGAGGGUGGGCGUCUCAUGGAGGUGGCUGCUUUUCAGGAAAAGAUCCCUCAAAAAUUGAUAGAACAGCCUCCUACUAUGCAAGAUAUGUUGCAAAGUCUCUUGUAGCUUCAGGACUUGCAAAAAGAGUGAUGGUCGAACUCGCAUAUGCCAUUAGUGUAUCAGAUCCACUCUGUGUUCAUGUUACAUCUUAUGGGACUGUUAAGGAAGGCUACACUGAUGAGGACCUCCUUGAAGUUACCAAGAAUAAUUUUAAUUUCCGACCAUACCAGAUGAUUGAGGAACUUAAGAUGAGAAGACCUAUUUUCAAGAAGACAACUGUCUUUGGUCAUUUUGGAAGAAAUGACCCAGAUUUUCAAUGGGAGUGCCCAAAGAAACUUGAAUUCCCAGAAAAAGAGUAAUUCAAAGGCUCUAGCAAUAAGAAAAUUGAAUAACAUUUGUGCAAAGCAGAUUC